UUUCAAUGAAACGAAACAACCGCUUUGUGUUAGUAAACAACAAAGUUCUUUCAAUGACAUCAAACCAAAGCUGGAUCCUGACCAAUGGAAAUUUUGAGUUUACCACCAGAAGUUAUUGAGCGGAUUUUUGUACAUUUGGACACUCAGGCACUAACUGCUUGUGCCCUGGCAGAUUCUCAUCUGGCUAACAUCAUUUACUCCUCCCAUUUCCUGGACCUUUACUGUCGCAAGUCACUUUCCUGCAAUUGGAUAACAGUGGCUGAUGUCUGCAAAGCUUCUAUUGCUGUUCCAUAUGAGUUCUGGUUUUGGGUUUACAACACUAUCAAGCUAGAGGAUGAAGACAAGGAGAGCAUAAAAUUUCACAGCAAAUACCUGACAAAAAUUGGCACAUUUCGAGAUAUGUACAUCAUGUGGUUAAUGUGUGGUACCCGACCCAGUUGGUUGUAUGCACACUCUGUCAUGUAUCAGAUGUAUUCCCUCCCUCCAAGUGUUGAUUGUAUUUUAAAAGACACCACUCAACAUGUCAAAGACAUUCUCAUGAAAAUUUUCUGGAGUCUUCCAGAGAUCAUGGACCUGAGCUGUAGUCAUUUAGAAUUGUUUAAACUGCAGAAUGGAGGCAGUACCAGUCUUGAUAUGGAUAUUGUAUGUAAUGAUGGCAUCCAGCCCAAGCUACCCAUAGAGUUCACCUCUCUGUUCAGCAUUGAAAUCAUCUCCAGCGCUUUGUUUGGAAAACACCCAUCACUCUUGAUUCUAAUUGGAGAAGACCAGUGGAUUUUAUGGAUUGGCUUUCUAAGUAUAUCUUUUGAUCAUAAUGAGAUUAGCAUUCUAGAGACUUCACUAUCUCACUAUUUUAAUAAGGACGAUAAGUUAUCAGAUAUAAGAUAUUUAGCCCAACCUGCAAUGCAAGAUUUGAUUGGUCAGGUAUAUACGGGGUCGCCUUGUCCUCUUAUUUCAGUGGACAAUGCUCAACUGGCUACUGUCACCAUUUUUCUGGCACAGGAGCGCCACCGUGCCUUCAAACAAAAGAUGAAUUUAGUUCUCACUCGUUAUUGUACGCAAGUUGGAGAGGCCAUUUUUUCUAAAUUAUCUAGCAACAGUCUGGAGUCUGUGAUUGAAUUGUUCAAUGUAAACUUGAGUCAAAACAUGCAAAUCAAUGAUUACAUCCUAGACCUGUUACAAGUUGAUUGGAAACGAAUGAGUCCCAUUCAACAUUUACAAUUUGUUAUCUACAAAUGUAUCAUAGAGCGCAUUGCUUGCCUGUUCCGCAAUGAGAUACAUUUUUGUGUUGAAAACAGCUUUUGCCAUUCUUUUCUAUGUGGCUGCUUUAGUCUAUCCAACUCAGUACUUGGAAACAUAGAAGAGAAAAUAGAAAAAUGUUUGUCUGAAAAAAUGAAAGAUGGAUUCUAUUGUCCUCAUAUGUGGCCGCCCCAUGUGUUAUCUGCAGCCUGUCAGAUGAUCCCAGUACUGACCCAAGUUUUGCACUCAGACAUCCAGAUGAUGACAUCUCGCAGCUGCACGUAUGUCAUCCCUAAAUUUGUGCAGCUACAGACCAUCCAACGUCUUCACAAUGUAGGAAUGAUACUGACCAAUCGUCCACCUAACAAGCCCAGAUGUCCACCAUUGCUCAAACAAGUUCGACUUUGGACCAUGGAAGAAUUACUUUAAAACCAAAACCUGAGGAAAUGUGAACAUUACCAUACUACAAUCCUGACCGUUAGACAUCAGUGCUAUUUACAUCAACAAACAAUGAAUUCAUUAAUAAACAUUGUAAUACAUU